AUGGUUCAAUCGCCCAUGAUUUCGUGUCCGCUCAAGCAGACCAACGAGAUCGAUUGGAUUCGACCCCUCAAGGACUACAUCCGUCAGAGCUACGGUGAAGACCCCGAUCGCUACAGUUCAGAAUGCGCGACCCUCAACCGCUUGCGCCAGGACAUGAGGGGCGCGGGGAAGGAUAGUGCGACAGGCCGCGACCUGUUGUAUCGGUAUUAUGGACAGCUGGAGCUCUUGGACCUGAGGUUUCCGGUCGAUGAGAACCAUAUCAAGAUCUCCUUCACUUGGUAUGAUGCCUUUACCCAGAAGCCCACUUCGCAAUACUCCUUGGCAUUCGAGAAAGCAUCGAUCAUCUUCAACAUCUCCGCCGUUCUGUCAUGCCACGCGGCAAACCAGAAUCGCGCUGAAGAUACCGGUCUCAAAACCGCGUAUCACUCUUUUCAGGCAUCCGCUGGCAUGUUCACAUAUAUCAAUGAGAAUUUCCUCCACGCGCCGUCUACCGACUUAAACCGGGAAACUGUCAAAGCUCUGAUCAACAUCACCCUCGCUCAAGGCCAAGAAGUAUUUCUGGAGAAGCAGAUCGCGGACAAUAAGAAGGCCGGUUUGCUCGCAAAACUUGCAAGCCAGUCCGCCUAUCUGUACUCUCAGGCCGCCGAGGGAAUGCAGGAGUUCGUAAAGGGAGUUUUUGACAAAGUGUGGACAAUCGUCGUGCAGGCCAAGGCGGCGCACAUGGCCUCUGUGGCAUCCUACUACCAAGCUUUGACGGACAGCGAAAGCGGAUCACACGGUGUCGCCAUUGCCCGGCUGCAGCUGGCAGAGAAGAAUUCAACAGCAGCACUAGGAUGGGCCAAGUCCUUCCCCUCAUCGGUCUCUCCAAAUGCCAAUUUGAGCUCCGAAUCGGGCACGAAUCUCCUCGAUAUCAUCAAGUAUCAUCUUGCCAAUGUCCAGGCCAAGCUUACCGUAUUCAUGAAGGACAACGACUUUAUCUAUCACCAACCCAUUCCCAGUGAGGCGGGUUUGUCAGCUGUUGCGAAGCUGCCUGCAGCAAAGGCAAUUCCUGUCAGCGAGCUCUAUCAAGGCCAAGAUAUUCAACGUAUAAUCGGCCCAGAUAUCUUCCAGAAGCUGGUGCCCAUGUCUGUCACAGAAACGGCCAGUCUCUAUGAUGAAGAGAAAGCCAAGCUGAUCCGUGCGGAAACGGAGAAAGUUGAGACAGCAAAUGGGGAAAUGGCUGCCAGUCUUGAUUAUCUGAAACUUCCGGGCAGCCUGAAUAUCCUCAAAGGCGGGAUGGACCAGGAGGUGACUGUGGAUGAUGAAUUUCGACGAUGGUGCCAGGAGCUCGCGGGUCAUCAACCAUUUAUCAAGGCCUUUGAUGGGCUACAGGAUCGCAAGGUGGAGAUUCUCGCGCAGCUAGACCAGUGCUCCAAGCAAUUGGACCUGGAGGAGAGUGUAUGCGAAAAGAUGCGCUCCAAAUACGGAGCGGACUGGAGCCAGCAGCCCAGCGCCAGGCUAAACACUACACUACGCGGCGACAUUCGAACCUACCGAGACACCAUCAAUGAAGCAAGUGCCAGCGACUCUCAACUCUUGUCUACAUUGCGGCAGUAUGAGGCAGACUUCGAUGAGAUGCGAUCUGCAGGUGAAACAGACGAGGCUGAAGUACUCUUCCAGCGUGCCAUGAUCAAAGCUGGCUCCAAGCAGAGCAAGGGUAAAAAUGGGCUUGGUAGCCCUUACGCAUCAACGGCAGAAGGAAGUUUGAUUGAUGAUGUCUACGACGAAGGCAGCUCUUCCGUGUCAGAGCAAAUCGCAAGGGUCGAGGCUAUAUUGAAAAAAUUGAAUCUGGUCAAGAGAGAACGGGCUCAGGUCUUGAAAGACCUGAAGGAUAAGGUUCACAACGACGACAUCUCCAACGUUUUGAUACUCAACAAGAAAACCAUUGCAGGACAGGAAAGUCAGCUUUUCGAAGCGGAGCUGGAGAAAUUCCGUCCGCAUCAGAAUCGACUCCUCCAGGCCAACCACAAGCAGGCCUCGCUGAUGAAGGAGCUUACGAAGAUAUACGGUGAUCUACUGCAGGACAAACGAGUGCGUGCCGAGCAAUCGAAGUACGAAACCAUCACCCGUCAACGCAACACGGUGAUGUCCCGAUACAAGAAGAUUUACGAUGCAUUCAAUGGUCUCUUGUCGGGAACGGCACAGGCCCAGACCUUUUACAAGGAGAUGACCGAAACCGUAGACAGUCUGAAGAAGAACGUCGAGACUUUUAUCAACAACCGACGAUCCGAAGGUGCCCAGCUACUGGGCCAAAUCGAGCGGGAGAAGGCAAGCAAUGCCACUGAGCAGGAAGACCGCGAACGCGAGAAGCUACGACAGCUAAUGGAGCGCCUGUCUACGGAACCCAAGACAUCGUCUACUCCUUCCUCCACAACAACCGCGCCAUCCAAGGUCAAGUCCCCUCCUCCUGCCAUUCAGACGCCCGCAUAUCCCAACCCCGCCAUAUCUUCACCGAAGAUGUCCCCACGGUAUCCUCCCAAUGUCGGCGGACAGCCGCACGGCAUCCCUAUCUCCCAUUCCCCUGCCCCCUACGGACAGUACAUGGGCCAGGCACCGGGCGUUUCCUACGUCCCAGGACAGACCUUCCAACAAGGCGCAGCAGCGCCUCUCUCAGAGGGCUACAACCCAAUGGCCUAUCCCAUCCCUCCGGCCGUCUCACCCCCGCCUAACUUCUACACGUCCACCCCUACUCCAUUCAGCUACGCCGGGCCCACCCCGCCAGCAGCUCCAUCUUCCUUCAUGCCCCAGGGCUAUGUUCCACCUCCUCCGCCGCCCCGUCCCCAGCAGACCACUUACCCCUCCACGACGGGGCCAUACCCAUCCGGUCCUGGCGGCUACGCACAAAGUAGACCCUACGGCACAUCCCAGCACCACAAAGCUCCCUCGCAGUCUCAACCCCAAUCGACAUCCGCGUCCGGCAAUGACCCCUGGGCUGGCCUGAAUGCAUGGAAAUGA